AUGGCAAAAGACCACAAGCCCUCUCGACGUGGUGCAGACCGCGGUCCUGCCACAACGAAGCCCGGGACUGGCAGGGCAUGUGCCUCUUCGCCUUGUUCUGCUCGAUCGACGGCCUCUAGGUCCAAGACGGAACGUAACCCUCUCAAGGCGGUAGGGAAGCACAAAGGGCUGGGACAUUCUACAGCGAAAAACGCCCGAAAGAAAGAUGCAGAAGGAACCCAUCAAAAGUGUUUAGACAUGAUGGACCAGGUUCAAAUGGAGUUCCAGUUAGCUCUUGAGGACAUAGAUGAAGAGAGAGCCCAUGAUUCCCAGUCGAUGCAGGGUCUGCAUGCUGAAAAGGCCCAGGAGACAUCGAAACUACAGGAGGUUAUCGAAGCAAAAGAAAAAACUUUGGUUGAGAACCAGAGGCUUGAAAGAGAGCUCUGCCAAUUGCAGCAGGCGCAGGAGUCAUCGCACGCCACCAUGCAGGGCCUGGUCUCAUGGCACGAUAUUCAGCCUGUCUUGCAUCAAACACAUGGCGAGCUGGUAUCGGCCACCACUCAGUUCUGGAACACGAUCGACGCCCUCCAGAACCGUAGACUGGCAUCCUACUUGCCAAGUUCCGGAGAGUUCCAUGGAGGUUGGCCCGAGCAGGACGGCCCGCUUGGCACUCUAGGUCACAAUGCCCUACCCAGGUUUUCCGCUUCGAGUGAUUAUCCGCUUGUAACUCAGGAGGCGACAAUUUCAAGCAACCAAUAUGAAUCACCUGUGUUUCCGGCGGUCCUGGCUUUACUAUGGAGGAACCUGCUAGUUGGUUUACAUAACCACCACGCAGGUAGAUAG